CGUAGACUAUUUUCCCCUGUCGUCUAUUUCCUAUAUCUCUUUCACAAUGUCUUCAUUCCCGCGUCAGAACCUUCGACGAAGCUGCCAUUUCUGCCGGGCUCGCAAGAUCAAGUGCUCUGGUAGCAGUAUAUGUGAAGCCUGCAAGGAACGAAACCAAGAUUGCAUCUACGACGUCUCAGAGACGAGGUCACGCCGCAACACCUCGGGUGACCGUGAUCCAACCUUCGCCCACGGUAGUCCUGUCACACAGUCACUCUUCCCCUCACCACCUACCUCACAUGCCGAGUUCACAAAUGGAGCUGAGGGGAUACUGGGCGCCGAGGGCGCUUCUGGAAGGGGAGAUACCAUCGGCCAAGAGCUAGAGAAGAUCUAUGGAGACAAUUGUUGGGAGAAAAUGGAGAGCUUCAACCGAAGGGCUUCUGAGUCCAGCACAGAGAGCGCCGGCCGCUCUGAGAUAUCCAAGCCCGGAUCACUGAGUUAUGAUGGCUGGCUAUCAUUACUCACCCAAGACCUGGUUGGCAUGAUCGCUGCGAAGUUUGGCGGGUUGGGAUGCCAGCAUAUCCAAACUGGUGGCGCGAAACUUUGCGUCGAUUCACUGGCGAACGACCAAACCACUACCAUGAUCGAUUAUUUCGAGGCCGAGCCAAACCCUCUCACUGAAUACGACAGCCGUAGGAUCACUCAGUUGAUUGAGGUGUGGUUCUCGACUCACCCACUCUCCAUUCUGGUGUCAAAAACCCUCCUUCUUCGCGAUGUCCGAAAUAAAACUCAAGAUGACGCCCUCCUUGCCGUUAUUCUGGCGGAUGCCAGCUUCGCCCACGACCACUCAACGGCGCAUGAACGGGGCCACAGACUCCUCCGGUUUGCUCAGCGCCAACUUCAAGACAGAAAGCUCUCUGAUUGCGGCUUCUCCACUGCUCAGGCACUCACCCUCUUUGGCUGGCACGAACUGUGCUUCUCCAGCAUCCGCAGAUCGACUUCUUAUGUAACACUAGCAAGCAAAAUGCUCGUCGGCUUGAAGGAUCGUCAGCUCGAACCUAGUCUCAUCAACGGUAUCGACGUUCGGGAGGUCGAGAGGGAGCUUCUAUCCUUCCUCUGGUGGACAAUUUUCUCCCUCACUCUUUGGUCAUUUAUGCAGCUGGGCCAUAACUUCUCCCACCUACUGACGGGACUCCUCCCCCAACUUUUCCUACCCAUGGACGAUUCCUCUUCGAGUCUUAUCAAGCUCGACGAAGCUUCGGACAACCUAUCCACCCUGCAGAUUCAAAGACGCGUUAUUCGUGAAAUGUGGCCUUUGAGCCAUGUUUCCGCUGCGAUUGCUCACGUCUACGCACUUUACCCCCAAGACCCCAAUGGCAUAGACGACCUCCCUUCUGGUUCUUGGCAAGAGCGACCUCUUCAAGGAUUCCGCCGCCUUGUUUCUCUUCACCACAGUCCCGAUUUCGCUAGCAUCUGCAGCAGUGCUCGCGGCGUCUUCAUUGACAGCAUCAGGGUUCUGAAACGGGAAGUCGACGAUAGUGCCUCUCAAGCGCUUCUCUUGACUGUGCACCACACGAUUCUCAUUCACUUCCUCUUCCCCCGCGGUAGCACUACCGCGUCUAAGAAUCCAACCCAGGACAAGACAAUCAACGACAGGACCAUCAAUUGCUUCCUCGAGUCAGCGGACGACCUUCUGGCGAUUCUUGCCAAGGUCUCGGAGGGUUCUCGAUCAGAUAUGAUCCGAUCCGGCUCGACACGCCAACGCUCCUCAUUCCCCGACGUGUUUAUCUUGGCAUUAGAUUCGUGCGGACGUGCUUUGGAGCUCUUCCGCAGCAGACUUGCAACCGAUAGCAAAUCGAAAGAUUCCCGGGUUCUGCUCGGUUCCGCUGCAAGACUGGGAUCCCUCGCCGCACGAUUGCACAACACUGCUAGGGAUGAAAUCCUCGCAUCGGCUCGACUCCUUCGCCCGGUUAAGAAGCGUCUCAAGACUGCUCGCGUCGGGUUUGAGCAAUACCUGGGUCGGGGGCCGCGAUCGGUGCCAAGUCCUACUUCUAGCCUUGGCAGCGGAACAACUUCCCAGCCUCACACUCCGAGCCGCUCCGAAUCCAACAACAUGCUUGGAAUCUCCGAUGUCCCCGACCUUACAUACCAAGGUCCUCACAUGGAUGCUGGCCUACCUAACGGCUUCAACUUUAGCCCUUCUAGCACUUGCCCUACCUCCCCGGCUCUGUCGAAUAUCAUGUUCCGUGGACCUGCCUCCAGCAAAUCCAUGCAUUCCGCCUCCAACAGCCUCCAGUCCUUUACUUACGACCCUCCCCAAUCGUUUACUUCCAACCCUCUUUCUCCAUCCUCCCGCUUCGCCGCUGCGGUCGGGGACAUGGACAUGGGCGAAUUUCCGCCCAUGGACGACACCAUGUUCCCAUCCUCCAUGGAUCUCGGCAUGCCUGCCGUGACCAUGUCUUGGGAUACGAAGUCCGCCGUCUCUGCCGCCAGCGGUUCGGACUCGAUGCCACAGGAUAUCCCUUCACACCAUAUGCUUGACGGCAUGUCUGGUCCGUCGGGCGCCGGCACUCCACUCCAUCACACACAUAGCAGCUCGCCUGCCCCAAAUAUGUUCAUGCCGUAUACUACCAUGGGUGACUCAGUCGAGGGGCUGCACUCAGGCGUGAUGACCCCCGAAGCCACCAUCUCAGAUCCAGGGAUGCUGCAUGAGGGGCAUCAUCACUUCCAUGGUGGAAUGGGAGAGUGGGGCAUGGAAUCCAGAUUUGGCUUUCAUUAAACCGACCACUUUUCUAAAUGGUCAUGAUGAGAUGCUUGGAUGCGAGGCGUGAUGACGGCACGCAGAUUGUCGGCCGUCCGGGACUCGACUUUCUCUUCCUCUAGACGCGCGUUGGGUUUAAAAACUUGUAUGAUCGGCUUGGUUCCGGCUCUACAUAUUCACUCUUAGUUCCUGCAUGCAGCCUUCUGGCGGCUUUAUGGCUUUAUGGCAUAUCUCACUGUUUCUUUGUUGACGAAUCAUACCAGCAUGACAGCUCCUUCGGUAAAAAUAUCUUGGAGGCUUAGUUAGAUACACAGACCCAAAGUCUUUUGAUGCUGUACGCUUAGUUUCCUCAUCUUCUUAUUCCUAACUAGAAAUCAAAAGCUACCUUAUUAC